ACUACAAAUUGAACUAGACUAACUUCUGGGUGUCACACUAGACUACAAAUUGAACUAGACUAACUUCUGGGUGUCACACUAGACUACAAAUUGAACUAGACUAACUUCUAGGUGUCACACUAGACUACAAAUUGAACUAGACUAACUUCUGGGUGUCAUACUAGACUACAAAUUGAACUAGACUAACUUCUAGGUUUAACACUAGACUCCAAGUUCCUAUGAUGAUCUUCUUAUUAGGUCAAAAAAUGUACAAUGCAAGUUGCUCGUCAGAGAACCCUCUGUAUCGAAAUAUUCAAGACAAUUAGAAAUUUGAAUCCACGUUUUAUCCUAGCAUUUUUAGUUCAAGAACUUUCAAACAUCCUUCUAGGUGUCCUAACAACUUCAAUCAUUUUCGACCAAACCACGUAACUUUCGGUUCCAAGAGCCUUAAAGUCAUAGAACCUCAGAUCUGGAACUGUCUGCCAAAUGAACUAAAAUCAGCUGACAAUUGCUUACACCCUGUUAGUUUAAGAACAAAUUAAGAACAAUCCAGCCUAAGAUUUUAAAAAGAAUUAAGGACUAUCAGCCUGAACUUAAAUUUACAGGUUCUUAUAGAAAAAUAUAAGUUUAGUUGCACGUGCCCGAUAAAUUUAGAAAACCAGUGUGGUCGAAACAGCAUGCUUAACCGCUCAAUCUUAAUUCUGUUUAAUAAACCAAGCCACAAAAAUCAUAAAAUCAUAAUUUUCCUUGCUUUGAAUAAUUAAAGGAUACUUUACAUUAAUUUUUAGGUGGUUUGUCAUAAGUUAUGAUGUUCUAAGUGCUGUUUGAGAAAUAAACAUGGGUUUAAUCGCACGUUUAAAAGGGUUUGAAAAGGCACCUUCUUGUUAUUGUAUACAGCGCUGUGUUUUAAUGUAAUGUAUUCAAACGGUACAUGCUGGUUGAAAAUCGUUCUAUUCGUAAAAUUGAGAAAGAUAUAGCAUAUUCAUAAGCUAAAACGUGGGCCAUAUCAAGUAUUUUAUGUACACACUUAUUUUGUGGCAUAAAAAAGAGAAGUCGACAUUCAAUUGGACAAUAAUUUAAGGAUUUUUGUUCACUGUAUGAAUUUUCUGUAAAAAAUUGAUACUUUACUCUUGGGUUUCGGAAUUUAAUGUAUAAUUCCUAGAAAACUUUUCUUUCUGGUAAAUAACAGUAAUCUUAAAGGUUCGGUUUCUUUAUUUUUUGCUUCUUUUUUAGCAAAAGAUACAAUUUGUUCUAUAUAAAUGUUUCAGGCCAUGCCCCCUACUUUGUUUCAGAACAAAACAAACUUUUUUAGGCAACAGCAGAAAGAUUGAACUCUACUACACUGUAUGUUUUGGUGUUAAAUAGACCCCUUAGCUUUUGUUCGUUACUAUGUCUUCACUGUUUAGAUUUAAAAUACAUGGCGAAACUUUUGAGGUGCUGAGGUAAUGAUACCAUUAUAUACCAUAUUUCAAACUUUUUCUAGCCGCAGGCCAUGGUGGCGACAGUUAGUAAACCCUUCCCCCUCCAAAAUUCUAGUUUUAAUAUAAUUGAACUUUUAUAAUACAAUUCAAAUAGUUUUCAUCUAAUUAAAUUCUUAUAAUAUAAUUUAAAUGAAAUCAAAUUUUCAAUAUUUGCAGCCAUUUCAAGCCUUCGUGAAUUAAAAUCGCAAAAAUAGUAAAAUCGUGAAACCAUUCCUACUUUUUCGCUGCGAAAUUUUUCGCCUUGUAGAAUAAACCAAUUAGAACAGCACUGGAAGACAUACGACUUCUGUUUUGGUUUCAGAUGGCCUACGUCUUUCCGCAUUCUUUUUCUCAAACACUCUCGCCUUUAAAAUAUCAAUAAAAUAGGUUGGUUUUAAUUCAUUUCCUGUUCCUUGUACACAAUCCAUGUAAGUGGAUUCAUAUCAGAUUAUUAUUCAAACAUUUGAAUUUCAAAUUGACGAAAACUGGCUUGAAAGUUUCAUCGUUCUACCAAUAUGUCAGAAAUAAAAAAAAUUAGGCAAGAGCUGUUUAUUGGCCUGCUCAACAGCAACAGUUUUAAGCAGAUGCACUAACAGGUUCUCGCAUGCUUGUGCAAGCUCCGAUAGCAACCUUUGAAAGUAUUUGAAGAAGCUAUACUGGUCUUUCGCUUCGCGCGAAAAUCAGGCUUCAGCCAAACAACGAUUUAAAAUCAAUAAGUCCGAUCAACGAUUGGAAUUUUGCUCUGAUGAAGCCUCGUUACCCUGGGUUUGCCUUUUUGUCUUCAAGAUUCCUCCCCGCGGCUAUUCAACAGUUUUUAUUUGAAGACAAAGUGUCCUAACCAAUGAUAAACUCAAAUAACUUGACGAUCUUGUUUUACUUAAAGAUUUAAAUUUACCGCCUUUUAAUAGUGUCCAAUAGCAGACUGCGUGUUGUACAUCUUCCCUCUGAUUCGUUUCCGUUUCAUUUUUAACCAAUGCACAAGACUUUGCAUCAUUUCCGUUUAAGUAUUUGACCAAUCAGAGAAUAAAGUUCGUUGGCCCUCGAACUUUCACGGGCCAAUUAUCACGUGAACGGUCUAUAAACUCUCAAAAAACCUGUUUGACUGGUCUGACUGGUCCGCGACAGACUGUUGUCGAGGUCUGACUGAUAAAUUUUUCUCACAAGCGUUCACCUGGUUGAGAGGAGAGUCAGACGCACCGGCCUGCUACAAAACUUGCUUUUAAAAAACUUCUCACAGGAAAACCUUUUCUUCAAGGCAGAGGGAAAACGCAGAUGGACGAAGUAUGUUACCGUUUAAAUCCAAGAGAAGUAUUCCUAGAUGAAAAUUUUACGCCAGCAUUGAGCAGUGGGCAGUUGAAGUUUUUGCGGAAAGGCAACACUUGACAGCGACAAACCACCUCCUUAAGAUCAAGAAGGAGAUUUGAUGAAAGAAGAGAAAUAAGUUCUGUAAUCGGAGAAGAACUAACAUGGAAGGAUUACAUUCCUGGUUGAUAUGCAUUGUAUGCUUCGUAGCCCAGGCAUGUACUGUGGGUUUCUACAAUUCCUAUGGGACGCUAUUCGUGGCAAUCAUCGAUGAACACAACGUCUCCGAGACUCUUGCAGCACUUGUUGGAUCACUGUCCUACAGUUUGUGCCUGUUGUUUGGAGGUUUCACAAGUCCACUUUGCAGUAAAUUUGGUUGUCGUCAAGUGGCAUUUGUCGGCGCCAUUGUUUAUUCCGCCGGUCUACUCCUUUCGUCUUUCGCCCAAGGCAUUGUGAUGAUCAGCGUCAUGUUCGGAUUGAUUUUCCCGUUGGGCGCCAGCGCAGUGUAUUUCUCUUCGUUGAUAGUGCUUCCGCAGCAUUUUGAGACCAGCUAUGCCUUAGCAGUGGGAAUCGCAAGCAGUGGAACUGGGGUUGGGGGCUUCGUGUUUUCUGCCCUCAUCGAAAAAUCACUGGAAUCUUAUGGACUGCAAAGUACAUUUAGAUUCUUGGCAGCAACUGGGGGACUGCUGCUUCUCGGGAGUCUCGUAUAUGGUAAAACCCCAGCAAAAUAUUCAACCACAAAAGAUAACUUACAAAGGCCAACAGUUUUUGACGCAAAAAUUUGGAAAAACAAAGGAUUUCUUAUAUGGACAGUCAGUGUUUGUUUCAUCUUCUCAGUUUUAUAUAUCCCAUUCGUACAUUUGGUGAAACGUGCCGCUGACUUGGGCCUAACUUUGUCAAAGGCUUCGUCGCUCCUUGGUUACGUCUCAGCUGCUAGCACAAUUGGCAAAAUCUUCUUUGGAAAAUUAGCAGAUUGCAACUGGGUCAACCGCCUGUAUUUAAUCCAAUUCACCCAACUAAUUGUUUGCAUCAACCACACACUCUGCCCUCUCUUUACAUCUUAUGGAACCUUAAUCACAUACAGCGUUAUUUAUGGAUUUUUCGAUUCGUGUUUCAAUGGAUUGAUAGCUAUCAUAGUCGUCGAUAUUGUUGGCAGGCACAAUUUACACAAUGCCAUAGGCGCGAUGUAUCUUCUAUCCUCGCUUUUCAUGAUGCUUGGACCUCCAUUGGCAGGAUUUCUGUACACCGUUUCUGGCUCCUACGACUCGUCAUUUUUCACAAUUGGCGCUAUUGUGGCGUUCUCGUGCUGCCUUAUGUUCCUGAUACCAUGGUUCCUUCCAAAGAGCCAAUGGAGAAUAUUAUUGUCGAUGAAGAGACCGACAGUUUCCAAAAGGACUUUGAGGCUAAACUUCCUGACAAGAAGGAUUCUUGGAUUACCUACGACUCAGGAAUAGACUUGACUUUGAAGGAUGGUUCCAGCUUCACGUGUUCAGUUGAGGAUAAAAGCGAAUUGUACUCUCAAGCCUCAGGCGGAGAUGCUCCAAGCGAAGGCAGAAUUAGGAACUUUUUUGAUAGGUACUUUCGUCAGCCGAGAAGAGCGCUCAUUUCUGGAAACCUUAUUAAUUCGUUCGCAGUUAGCAAUUUAGAGUUAAAUGUUGAAGAACUUCUUGUUGUUGAGCGGGUGACAAUCCUUUAAAAUUGUAUUUUUCAUGUGUCUUUUCCCGCAAAAUUUAAUGUUUGCACCUUCCUAGACUCCAAAUGCAUUGUUUCACAACUAAAAAGCAUUGGUGAUUGUAGAGUAACAGUUUGUGUACAGUGGUGAACAUGGGCAGUUGAACAGAAACACGUUUAUAUUUCCCAAAAAAACAUUGUAGUGAACCCAGGAGAGGGGUCACUUAAACUUUUAAUUUCCGGGUUGGUCCAUCCGAUAAUUAUGGGUAAGAAUUUUUCUUAUGAUCUGAUACGUUUGGGCACCUGUUUUAACAACAUACGUGCUUAAACUUGAUAAAACAUGAAUAAAAACAGACGUGCUUGAACUGAUUAUUAUAAGAAUCAGUCUAAAUUACUAUGGCUGGUGGUAUCUUAUGUGCACAGCAAAAAUAUGUUUUUAAAAUUUAUGGUCUGGUCAACAUUUUUUAGCUGAUACUUUUGGGUCUAGAAAAUUUUGUUCCGAUACUUUUAGGUGAAUUUUGAUAAUUGUGGAUGGACCUUACCGUAUUAAAAGUGAGUUACUCCCCUUGGGUGUCGAUCCAGCUGCCUUAGAAUUUCAGUACGUAAUCAGAUUUGGUUCUUCUUUUCGUCUUUACUGCUCCUAGAGCUAUUUAAUAGUAAUUUCUUCCUUUAGUUUGUUGUUACAAACAACUCCUUUAUCCAGCACGAUUUGCACCGAUUAGGUAACGAUUAGGUAAUUUGUAAAUUCCGAUGUAGAUAAUUUUAGAAAAUAGAUAUCUUAAUUUUUGCGACUUAAUCUGUCAUUUUAUAUGCUAAGCAAUAGAUAUACCUAAUAAUUGUGUAUUAAGCUAUUUUGGUUAAGGUCCUAUUUUCUAUUUCUUCCCUUCCCAAAGAACCAUAACCGCUGUGUUCAAGUUUUCUGAUUGGAAAAAAAUCGGUUCACUUUCAUCCCGUUGUUUCUACCACAAUUAUUUAUCGUAUGAUAUCUAAAUGAUACUUGCAUUCUUCCCAGCUGAACUAGAUUAAGCUAACUCUGGACGAAAAGAAGAGAAUCUUGAGUACAUUUAUUUUUUAAGCCUUCGUUGAAUGUUUCUUUUGGUAAAAUUUUGCGAUUCGUUACGUGUAAGUCAACUGGGUAAUUUUUAGCUCGUAGUUAUUGUUCAAAUUUCAUCUCUAAAUAUAAAUUUCGCAGACGCUAAGAGAUUAAUGUCCUUUACAUAGUUUUUGCAUGACAAUUUAGGUAUAUUUGGUUUUUUCAGUCUUGUGUUCGCGUCAUCUUCAGUAAUCUAGAUUACGAAUUAUAUUAUUUAUGUAAAUUCUUGCGUUUUACCCUCUAAUGGAAAAUGGAGGGCAAGGCCAUAUUUAACACAAAAGAUUUUGAAAAAGCUAUAUUGUGUUGCAAAAAGUGGGGGGCCGUGGCCCCCUUCGUCGGAGGCCAUGAAUUUGCCGAUAAUUAAUCGUGAUAUUUUAUACUUAGUACAUACCUUUGUUGGAACUAUUCUCUGUUUGAACUAAAAAUUUGUGUGGUCAGGGCAUAGAAGCUUCUUCCCAGCGAUAGACAGUUACCCGUACCAUUUACCCUUAUUAUCCUAGCUGCACCCCUAAAUUCCUCCCACCCCACCCAAAGCCCCGUUGUCUUUCUAAUUGCACUGAAAGCAGAUUUAAUAUUAUGUAGCAUUCCUUGUGUCAUUUGUAGUUUCUGAUAUCAAUGAAGUGUCGUGUCGUUCUGAAACGUCCUCCUAAUAUUCAAUAUCUUGUUGUUACCAGCUCAUUUUGAUGUUAUUUAUAAAUAUUUUCUCCAUCAAAUCUUUGGAAGAAAAUACAUGA